CGCGCGUCUGCCGUCGCCAUUCUUCUUUGCGUCAUGGCGGCGCACGUCGUGUGCUCGUCACAGGACCUCCUUCCGCUCAUAUUGCAGUACCAAGGCGGAGUCUUUGAAGACCUCUUGCCGUACUUUCACGCGCGCUACUACCGCGGGUUUUACGCCAAAGACGGGGCCAAGAGCGCGCUGCACAUGGCAAUUGCGCGCAAGAAGCCAGAGAUCGUCGCCCGCCUCUUUCGCUGCGUGCCCCAUCUCUUCAACUCGGAUGCGAUGGACCUCGCGGCGUCGUUUGGCCACCUUGACGUUGUCCGCGUGCUCCACGACCUCGGCUGCUGCUGCACGACGUCGGCGAUGGACGCGGCGGCGCAAGCCGGCUUCUUGGACGUCGUCGAGUUUCUGCAUAUUCAUCGCACCGAAGGCUGCACAAGAUUUGCGCUGAAUACAGCGCUGCGCGACGGUCAUUUGGAGAUGGCAGCGUACUUGUUGAGACACCGCCACGAAGGCUGCAGCGCUGAGGCCAUUGACCACGUGGCGUGGCAUGGCCAGCUGCGCUUAUUGCAGCUUCUGCACGAGCAUGACGCUGUUGGCUUUUCGCACCGCACGAUGGACUUCGCCGCCGGUGGUGGCCACUUGUCGGUGGUCGCCUUUUUACACGAGCACCGCGACGAAGGCUGCUCGGUUGACGCGAUGAACGACGCGGCGCGCCGCGGGUACCUCCCGGUCGUCGCCUUCUUGCACGAGAUGCGCAGCGAGGGUUGCACGACGGACGCCAUGGACGACGCCGCAUCCAACGGGCACCUCGACGUCGUUCGCUUUCUCCAUUCGCAUCGGGAUGAAGGGUGCACCACCGAUGCCAUGGACCUCGCGUGCCGCCACGGAUUCCUCGAUGUCGUCGUCUUUUUGCACACGUACCGGCGAGAAGGCUGCACGGCCAACGCCCUGCUGGACGCCGUCGCCCAUGGGCAUACCGACGUAGUUGGCUACCUCUGCCAGCAGCGCGUGCCUCACUGCAACGUGCCGGCAGCCUUAGAUCUCGCGAAAGACCGCGGUCUCCACGCAAUGGUCGCAUGCCUCUCGAGUCCGAAAACGGCGGUCGUCGCGGCCCGCGCCGCUUCGUGACCAAGUGCUAACUCGCCAUCUCGACGCCUGUCAAAGACAAUAAUGUAUCAAAUAUUGUUCA